CUGAACUAUAGCAAGUCGACAACAAGGCAUUUCAAUCUUCCAUCAGGACCUCUAAUUCAUACACAGUAGCUACUUUAGCCAUUCAUCGUCAUGCGUCUCCUCGCCAUCGUCUCUGCUCUUUGCACACUUGCAACAGCUGCAACGCUAGCUCCUGAGGAUGCAAAGGCAGUCACCACUCUCUGGCGCGCGUACAGUCCCGGCGCACGCGACCACUUCUACACCACAGACUACAGCGAGUACAACAACGCUGUGAACAAUCUCGGCUAUAAUGCUGAGGGUGCAUCCUGCCGUGUCUUUUCCACCCAUGUAGCUCAAAGCGUGCCUCUCUACAGAUUGUACUCUGGUAGAGCAUCUGACCACUUCUACACCACCUCUGCCCCAGAGCGGGAUAAUGCCAUUCGGAACCUGGGGUACACUGACGAAGGCAUCGCUGCGUAUGUCUAUUCUCAAAACAUCAACAAUGCAGUCCCGUUCUACCGAGCAUACAGUGGCGGUGCUAGCGAUCAUUUCUACACUGUUAAUGCAGUCGAAAUGGAAAAUGCCAUUCGCAAGCUGGGGUACUCGUUCGAAGGCAUCGCGGCGUACGUAUUUAAUCCGUGAGACAUCCCUCUGUGAUCUAUAGGGAUCUACCUAAUUUAAUCUAUCAGAGCUGUCAUAUUGGAUUAAAUACUGGAGUAUGUUUCUUGCUUGACCUAUCAAACUUG